CCAGAGUCCCUCCAGCGGGCUUACGCAGACGACCUCGCCAUGGCCCUCGCCCACGGCACCAGGGACGCACCUGUCUUCGAGCGCGCCUUCGACGAGUACGAGCGGCUAGCGGGGCUUCGGCUGCACCGGGGGAAGACUGUCUGGGUCCCUCUCUCGCUGGUUCCCACGGCUGUGGCCCGGGCGCUGCUGCACCGACUUGCGGAGAGUUCGCCGUGCGCCGGCACGCCGCUUACCUCGGCUUCAAGGUGGGGCCUGGGCGCGGGGAAAUGUCUUGGACCAAGCCGCUGGAGAAGUACAUCGCACCAGCGCGCACGUGGAGAGCAAUAGGGGGUGGCAUGUGCAUCACCAUGCUUGCGUACCGCGUGUACAUAUUCUCCGCUCUGUGCUUCCUCAUGCAAUUGG